AUGAACACGCAAUCCACGCCUCCACCGUCGGGGAAGCGAAACAAGACUGUCGCAUGCUUACAAUGUCACUGCGUGUUUGAGCAGGAAGAUCGCAAGGUUGUCGUGUCGGAAAACUUGCUUAAUGAUCUGAAGCGCAAGGCAGAGGAUUGGGAUGAGGCGCAGAAACAGAAAAAGAACAAAACAUCCACAGAUACGAGGACAAACGCACCGGCUACUGAGCCUGCCCCAAGACCGAGUGCUGACGAUGGUCUACCACAAAUGACCAAUCCUCUGCUGACGCCCUCGUCCAAGUUUGUCGUAGACCACCAAGGCAGGAAACGAUUUCUUGGUCCUUCGUCCACGUGGGCAUACAGCCAUCAUGUAAUGGGCAUGAUCAGAGAAUAUGUGGGCCAUGAACUCUCACCUGAAGUCCCACUAAAUCACGAUGGUGUUGCUUUCAACAUCGAGCUACCGAGCAUGAAGCAGACUGAUCUUGCUGUCAACAUCGAAGGCCUGCCUUCGCUGGACUAUGCCCUUUACCUCACCAACACGGUCAAGUUUCACAUCGUCCAAACUUACCACCUAUUUGACGAGCAAAAGUUCAUGCCAGCUCUCCAUUCACUAUACAACGAUGGUCCACCGCUGGUGACUGCUGGGAACAGGAUGUGGUAUGUCCAGUACUUCCUCAUCAUGGCUCUGGGCAAGGGACUACUCACCCGUGGUAUGUCCAAGGCUGGCUCGCCGGGAAAUGAGUAUUUCAUGAAAGCCAUGGAGCUAUUCCCAGAUACAUAUGGACUGUACAUAGAUCCCAUCUUGUCUAUCGAGGUGUGCUGCGGGCUUGCUUUAUAUCUCCAAGCUGUUGAUCACCGCAACAGUGCUUACGUCUAUCUUGGAAUGGGUCUUCGGAUAGCACUCAGUCAAGGUCUACACCGCGAUAUUGCUGGAGACUCCGUAGAUGAUCCUGAGGUAAGGCGAUAUCGCAAUGCAUGGUGGACACUCUACAUCCUCGAUCGCAAAUUCUCGUCCUUGAUGGGCGCCCCAAGUUCUAUUCAAGACAGCGAUAUUUCGGUGCCGAUCCCAGGAGAUCAGACGACUCCUCGAAGAUCAAGCUCAUUAGAGAUGCAUAUUAAGCUAUCAAGGCUAAAGACCAAAGUCCUCAACACUAUAUACGGUAUCGAUGGGAAAUUAGAUGUUUCGUUUCCGAAAAAUACCAUGAGCAUAUUGAGGGAACUUGCUGCACUUGGAGUUGAGCUAAACUCGGCGCCCGAUCUGAAGCUGGACAACCAAAGCCCACUAUCUCGUGUCUCUGCAACCCUGAACCUGUGCUAUCACCAGUGCAUCGUCCUUGCUACAAGGCCACUUCUCAUGUGUAUUCUUCGAGACAAGCUGGAGAAGAGCAGACAUGAUAAUAAUGCCAACGCUGAGAUUGCUGAGCCUGUCAAGGCUUUGGUUAGAACCUGUUACGACUCAGCUCACAAAUCACUACGUAUCUUGACUACACUCCAGUCGCAGGAUCUACUAGAACUCUUUCUCCCCUUCGAUCUCGACCACGCGUUCUCAGCUGGCUUUGUCCUGGCACUCAUCUCAGCCAUCCAGCCCUUCCCGGACGCAGCGAGCGAAUCCUCAUUCGAGUUGACAAGAAACAUCCUUGACGCUCUAAUCGCAGGCGGGAACCUACCUGCACGGUUUCGGCGCCAGGAACUUGAGCGUCUCCAUGAUAUGUUGCACCUGAUUGAACAGCGAGAUAUCGUGCCUCUGCUCCAAGGUCAAGCAGACAUUCCUGUUCUUGGAGAGCAGGGGAUAUCACCCAACCAAAUACUCAAUGUUGCUAGUUUACUGGAUGGACAUACGAACCUUGGUGCUGAUCUCGAUGAUGUUAAUGGCUGGCUAUGGGAGGUCACUGGUUUUGAGGGCCUCCAUCCCGUUUAA